AUGGACUACGAAGCACUCAAGGAGCAAUGGAGCGAGGUCGAGGACCGUGAUGGCGUCCGCCUCAGCUGGAACGUGUUCCCCAGCUCUCGAAUGGAAGCCUCGCGAUUAGUCGUACCCAUAGGCGCUCUGUUUACGCCGCUCAAAGAGAAGCCCGAUACGCCCCUGCUCCAAUUCGAGCCCGUUACAUGCAAGCAGCCUUGUCGAUCGGUCCUCAACCCAUUCUGCCAAGUGGAUGUUCGCGCUCGUGUAUGGAUCUGCCCCUUCUGCCUCUCAAGAAACCAGCUGCCGCCGCACUACAAAGACAUCACCGCCAAUGCGAUCCCGCCGGAACUGCAUCCUGCAAACACCACAAUCGAGUACAGGCUGUCGAGACCUGCGCCCGCGCCGCCUCUGUUUCUAUACGUGGUUGAUUUGUGUCAGGAGGAGGAUAGCUUGGCUGCGCUCAAGGAGUCACUGGUCAUGAGUCUCAGCCUGCUGCCAGAGAAUGCGCUGGUUGGCCUCAUCACAUACGGAACGAUGGCCCAAGUCCAUGAAAUCGGCUAUGAGGGCUGCGCCAAGUCUUAUGUGUUCCGUGGCAGCAAGGACUACUCCGCCAAAACUGUCCAAGAUAUGCUGGGACUGACUUCUCAGGGUGUCCGACCUGGGGUGCCACCACAGGCGGCCCGCCCAAUGAACGCUGGCACCACGUCAAGGUUUCUGUUGCCCGUUCAGCAAGCCGAAUUUCAGCUCACCAAGGUUCUGGAGUCGCUGCAAAAAGACCCCUGGCCAACUGCCAGCGAUCGGAGGAGUCUCCGUUGCACGGGUGUCGCUCUGAGUGUUGCCAUUGGGCUGAUGGAAUCAACGUUCCAGAACGCUGGUGGCCGUAUCAUGCUCUUCGCGGGCGGUCCCGCAACCGAGGGCCCCGGCAUGGUGGUUGGACCAGAACUCAGGGAGCCGAUUCGCUCACACCAUGACAUUGACCGCGAUAAUGCCAAGUACUACAAGAAGGCACUGAAGUUCUAUGAUAACCUUGCCAAGCGCACUGCUCACAAUGGACAUAUCAUAGAUAUUUUCGCAGGCUGCCUCGACCAGGUUGGGCUGCUCGAGAUGAAGGGGCUCUGCAACUCGACAGGAGGCCAUAUGAUUCUUACUGACAGCUUCACGUCUUCAAUGUUCAAGCAAUCGUUUGUCCGCAUCUUUGAAAAGGAUGGCGACGAUAAUCUUCUCAUGGGCUUCAACGCGGUGCUCGAAGUGCUGACGACCAAGGAGCUCAAGGUCACUGGCCUCAUCGGGCACGCAGUAUCCCUCAACAAAAAGUCCGUCUCUGUUGGUGAGACGGAAUGUGGCAUUGGCAACACCUGCUCAUGGAAGAUGUGUGGCAUCGAUCCCAACUCCAGCUACGGUAUCUAUUUUGAGGUUGCCAAUCAAGGGCCGGCAACUCACCAGCAGGCACCGCAGAAGGGCAUGAUGCAGUUCUUGACAUAUUAUCAGCACUCGUCAGGCCAGUUCCAUCUUCGAGUGACGACCAUUGCCCGGAAUCUGAGCGGACCCGCUGGAGAUCCAGCCAUUGCGCAGUCCUUUGACCAGGAAGCAGCGGCCGUCCUCAUGUCGCGGAUUGCUGUUUUCAAGGCCGAAGUCGACGACGGCCCAGAUGUGCUUCGCUGGGUGGACAGGAUGUUGAUCCGGCUCUGCUCCAGAUUUGCAGACUACCGAAAGGACGACCCGACGUCGUUCCGCCUGGAGAAGAACUUUACGCUCUAUCCCCAGUUUAUGUUCCACCUCCGACGGAGUCAGUUUCUGCAGGUCUUCAACAACUCACCCGACGAGACUGCGUUCUAUCGUCACGUUCUGAACCACGAAGACGUCAGCAACUCCCUCGUCAUGAUUCAGCCGACCUUGGACUCGUACACAUUCGACCAGGAGGGCGGUCAGCCGGUGCUGCUUGACUCAGCUUCCAUCCAACCGACUCAUAUCCUCCUGCUGGAUACCUUUUUCCACAUUCUCAUCUUCCAUGGCGAGACCAUUGCCGAGUGGCGAAAGGCGGGCUACCACGAACAAGAAGGUUACGAGAAUUUUGCCGCACUACUAGAGCAGCCCAAGGAAGACGCAAGAGAUCUCAUCACGGAUCGGUUCCCGCUCCCCCGAUUCAUCAUCUGCGAUGCCGGGGGCUCCCAGGCCAGAUUCUUGCUGUCAAAACUCAAUCCCUCAACCACCCAUACGACGGGACCAUAUGGUGGCGUGGGGGCAACCUCGGCCCAGACCAUCUUCACGGAUGAUGUAUCCUUGCAGACCUUUAUGGAUCACUUGAUGAAGCUUGCCGUUAGUGGCACGAAUUAA